AUGGUGGAGAUAUUUGAUGACAGCUCCAUGGAAAAUUUGGUGGUAAAAGUCUCCAUGACAGGAAACAGAUGCUUUCCACUCUCACUAAAACAUGCAAACUCUAUGGCUAUGAAAGCAACAGUUGAAGAAUCCACUUGGUGUUGGCAUAGGAGUUUUGGUCAUUUGAAUAUGCAGAUUUUGAAGUUGUUACAACAACAGGAGCUGGUAUAUGGUUGCCUGAAAUUGGCAAUGCAGACAGACUUUGCCAAGACUGUGCAAGUGGAAAAUCACACAGGGAGGCCUUUGGUAAAGAGAAAACUUGGAGAGCUAGUGUACCUUUGGAACUGGUUCAUUCAGAUGUGCUGGGCUAUGGUGGAAGUACAAAGUGGCUACAAAAUCAAGAAACUUAGAAGUGGCAGAGGUGGAGAAUAUACUUCCACUGAAUUUCUGCAGUUUUGUGAAGAAAUUGGCUUGGAACGCCAACUAACUGUGGCCUACUCACCUCAGCAAAACGGAGUUGCUGAGAGAAAGAAUAGGACCACUGUAGAGAUGAGCAAGACAAUGAUGAAAGAGAAGAAACUACCAUACAAAUUCUGGGGAGAGACAGUGAAUAUAGCUGUCUAUAUUCAUAAUAGAUGCCCCACAAAAGCUUUAGACACUAUCACUCAUUUUCAAGCUUUUAGUGGAAGAAAACCUAGAAUUAAGCAUUUCAAAGUGUUUGGCUCUAUCUGUUUCUGCCAUGUGCCUAGUCAAUUAAGAUCUAAACUAGAAGACUCAGCUGUAACAUGCAUUUUUGUUGGCUUUGGCAAAUGUGAAAAAGGGUACAGAGUAUACAAUUUGCAGACCAAAAAGAUCAGUACAUCUAGAGGUGUGACCUUUGAUGAGAAUUCAUUAUGGGAUUGGGACAAGCAAACUGUUGAUUCUAUCUCAGUUCCAAUGAGGUUUGAAGAUACAUCCAGAAGCUCUGAAGAGGAAUAUGAAGAAACAAUGAUUGAUAACAUCUCUAGUCCAGUUCAGGUGACUACAAAUGCUACUAAUGCUAAUUCACUAGGUAAUUCACUAAGUUCUACACCUGUGAAGCUCAGAGACAUCACUGAGAUCUAUGCUAGAUGCAAUAUGAGCAUCAUUGAGCCAGAGAAUUUUGCAGAAGCUUCAAAGGAUAAGGCUUGGCAAAAGGCAAUUAAGAUAGCAAUGGAGAUAGACAUGAAGAUGAUUGAGAAAAAUGAGACUUGGGAACUAGUUGAUAGACCAAGUGAUAAACCUAUUAUUAGUGUUAAAUGGGUUUAUAAAAGCAAAUUGAACCUUGAUGGCUCAAUACAGAAGCAUAAAGCUAGGCUUGUGGUCAAAGGCUAUGCACAAAAGCCUGGAAUUGAUUUCAAUGAGACUUUUGCUCCUGUGCCCAGACUUGACACAAUUAGAACUCUUAUAGCUUUGGCAGCUCAAAAGGGAUGGAAACUAUACCAGUUAGAUGUCAAGUUUGCAUUCAAAAAUGGUGUGCUUAAGGAGGAAGUUUAUGUAGAUCAACCUGAUGGAUUUGUGAUCACACACUACGAAGAUAAGGCACCAAGAGCCCGGUAUGAGGAAAUCAAUUCCUAUCUCAUUAGCUGUGGUUAUGUCAGAAGCACAAGUGAGGCUUCAUUGGACUGCAAGACUAAGAAAGACUUUGGAACUCUAGUUGUCUCAAUCUAUGUUGAUGACAUUGUGUAUACAGGUAGCAAUGGAGAAUUAAUUGCGGAAUUCAAGAUUGAAAUGAUUAGAAGGUAUGAAAUGACUAACUUAGGUAUGUUAUAUCACUUUCUUGGUAUGGCAGUGAUUCAAACUGAAACUUGCAUUUUCAUAAACCAAAAGAAAUAUGCACUGGCAUUAUUGAGCAAGUUUGGUUUGAAACAAUGUAAGCCAAUUAGUACUCCUCUGGUGACAAGUGAGAAACUGUGCAAGGAUGAUGGAAGUGAACCUGUAGAUGAGAAUGAAUACAGACAAAUUGUGGGUAGCUUAUUGUAUCUGACAGCUGCAAGACCUGACAAAAUGUUUGCAGCUAGCUUAUUAGCUAGGUUCAUGCAUUGCCCAACAAAGAAACACUAUGGAACAGCUAAGAGGGUGAUGAGGUAUAUUCAAGGCACCAUUGAUUUUGGUAUUGAAUAUCAGAAGGGAAAAGAGGCCAUCAUAAUUGGAUAUUGUGACAGUGAUUGGAGUGGAAGCCAAGAUGACAUGUGGGAAGCACUUCUGGCUAUGCUUUCUCUUUUGGCAGUGGAGUAUUUUCUUGGGUAUCAGUCACACAACACAGUGUAG